AGAUGCGGCGCCUGAUUUGAUCUCCAACUCUUUCAUCUUCCUGCAUCUCGCUAACCAAGACAAAGUUAGUCAGGAUCUCUCCUACUCUCAAUUUCACCCCCUGAUUCACAAUAAUAUUUACCUUGAUGAACACCAAUUGUUUAGUCUGUGACGCUCCUACCAACAACCGAUGCUCAGGUUGCAAAAGCGUUUACUACUGCAGUAAACAACAUAUCACGCAGAACUGGCCCGCUCACAAGGGCUACUGCAAAAGAGUUCAUGAAGCAGGCACUCAAGUCUUCGACGCUAUUCUUUUCGCCGCGAACGAGACCAAACCUCGACUCAUCAAAAUUCCUUGGGUAUUCGGUGACGUUGAAGAAGAUGAUUACCCGACACAAUGGCACAAGCUGGACUGCCAACCAUGGCUUGGCGGCAAAGACUGUUGUCAACGUACCAUGUACGUUAACACACUGGGGAGAAACGAUCCAUCAUUAGGACACAUUAUCGGGAUAAGGUACGACGACAACUCUUUUAUCAAUGGAUCACCUCCCAACCAGUGCAUUUGGGGAGUCACCAAGGGACAAGCCCCGCAUCCUUGGGCGGGAAACUUGAUAGCUCUGAGGGCGAAAAGUAUGCCGACUGAUUUGUAUGAGGAUGCUGUUCCGGAGACGGACUUGGAGCCGGUGAUUCAGUUCUUCAAGGAAUAUCCCUAUCGAAUGCAUUAGGUGUAUUCAUGCGCCGUAUAAUAAGUUCCUUCGUGCGGCCUUUGGUUCAAUCACAGGGCAUGGGGGGCCAAAUUGAUAGUCAGCAUACCAUGCUUCUCGAUCUCGAUCUCUGUUUCUCGUUGUUGUUCAAAUUGGGUAGUCUGUACAUCGGUCAUCGUCGUCGCGAACGAUGAGCUCGCCCUUAAAUUCAGCAGUAGAUGGAUAUUCGCACCAUACUUCUCGUUUAUUUGCGCCACUUUCAUACUUCCCGCCCUUCCGCACUAGCAAGCGCAAACCGUGGAGGCUAGAUCUUGAGGCACUCACUCAGAAUCAGGACGGCUGAGACGGUGCUUCUCAUGACCAUGCUGUUUUGCCGUAUAUAGCGGUACGCUUUCCAGUCGAAUUGUAGUUUGAUUACACGAAACAAAUCAUGACUGUCAUGACUUUGCC